AUGGCCGGCCCACGACGCUCCUCAAGACUCAGCACGCAGAAGACGACAGUACCACCGCCCUCCCCACGGGCGCAGCAAAAACGCAAGAGGGAUGCGAUGGCAGACGGCAAAGCUACCGGCCCUGCCCCGACAACACCGAUCAAGAGGCGGACACGGCCGCCGGGCGCCGGGCAUCCUUCACUCACAACGACACCGAUUGCGGCCCAAGCGACUGGUUCGCUGGCAGACGAUUCGAGAAAGGCUCGAAACGGUACCGUUACCCGGCUGGCGGAUCCGAGGCUCAGCAAUGCCACGCUGCUGUCGCCCGAGACGUCUCGGCUGGUGGCCUCUCGCGAGGUCGAGUUCGUGUCGCCCUCCAAGCUGCCGGCUGGAAGAACAACGACGCAGAAUCUACUCCAGGAAGCGUGCGAACAUUUGAUAAGGGUCGACGAACGGAUGAAGCGACUGGUAGAGAAGAAUCCGUGCAGGAUAUUCUCGCCCGAGGGCCUGGCCGAAAGAGUGGACCCAUUUGAGAGCCUCGCGAGCGGCAUCAUAUCGCAGCAAGUGUCAGGCGCGGCGGCCAAAUCCAUCAAGGCAAAGUUUACGGCGCUGUUCAGCGACGAAGAAUCGUCUGUCAACUUCCCCCAUCCGUCCCAGGUAUCGAAGCUUUCGCUCGAGAAGCUACGGACGGCUGGUCUAUCGCAACGCAAGGCCGAGUAUAUUCAGGGGCUCGCGGAGAAAUUUGCCAACGGGGAGCUGAGUGCGCACAUGCUGCACGAAGCGCCGUACGAGGAAAUUCUGGAGAAACUCAUUGCCGUGCGCGGGCUCGGCAAGUGGUCGGUCGAAAUGUUCGCCGUCUUCGGCCUGAAGCGAAUGGACGUCUUCUCUGUCGGCGACCUCGGCGUUCAGAGGGGCAUGGCUGCUUUUGUCGGCAAGGACGUGGCGAAGCUGAAGUCCAAGGGCGGCAAGUGGAAGUACAUGUCGGAGCAGGAUAUGCUGGAGCUGUCGGCCAAGUUUGCACCUUAUCGUAGCCUGUUCAUGUGGCUGAUGUGGAGGGUCGAGGACAGCGUCACCGACGUCAGCACGCUGGAAUAG